GGUGGUUUCUCAUCCCAUGUUUACUCCCUAAACACCUACGGGUAAGCCCCGCCCCACCACUGUGGUGCCUCCCACUAAUGCUCGUUCAGAGACUGAGGUGGGUUCUCAUCCCAAGUUUACUCCCUAAACACCUACGGGUAAGCCCCGCCCCGCCACUGUGGUGCCUCACACUAAUGCUCGUUCAGAGACUGAGGUGGGUUCUCAUCCCAAGUUUACUCCCUAAACACCUACGGGUAAGCCCCGCCCCACCACUGUGGUGCCUCCCACUAAUGCUCGUUCAGAGAUUGAGGUGGGUUCUCAUCCCAAGUUUACUCCCUAAACACCUACGGGUAAGCCCCGCCCCACCACUGUGGUGCCUCCCACUAAUGCUCGUUCAGAGACUGAGGUGGGUUCUCAUCCCAAGUUUACUCCCUAAACACCUACGGGUAAGCCCCGCCCCACCACUGUGGUGCCUCCCACUAAUGCUCGUUCAGAGAUUGAGGUGGGUUCUCAUCCCGAGUUUACUCCCCACACGUCUAUGGGUAAGCCCCACCCCGCCACUGUGGUGCCUCCCACUAAUGCUUGUUCAGAGACUGAGGUGGGUUCUCAUCCCGAGUUUACUCCCCACACGUCUACGGGUAAGCCCCGCCCCACCACUGUGGUGCCUCCCACUAAUGCUCGUUCAGAGACUGAGGUGGGUUCUCAUCCCGAGUUUACUCCCCACACGUCUACGGGUAAGCCCCGCCCCGCCACUGUGGCACCUCCCACUAAUGCUCAUUCAGAGACUGAGGUGCGUUCUCAUCCCGAGUUUACUCCCCACACGUCUACGGGUAAGCCCCGCCCCACCACUGUGGCGCCUCCCACUAAUGCUCGUUCAGAGACUGAGGUGCGUUCUCAUCCCGAGUUUACUCCCCACACGUCUACGGGUAAGCCCCGCCCCACCACUGUGGCGCCUCCCACUAAUGCUCGUUCAGAGACUGAGGUGCGUUCUCAUCCCGAGUUUACUCCCCACACGUCUACGGGUAAGCCCCGCCCCACCACUGUGGCGCCUCCCACUAAUGCUCGUUCAGAGACUGAGGUGCGUUCUCAUCCCGAGUUUACUCCCCACACGUCUACGGGUAAGCCCCGCCCCACCACUGUGGCGCCUCCCACUAAUGCUCGUUCAGAGACUGAGGUGCGUUCUCAUCCCGAGUUUACUCCCCACACGUCUACGGGUAAGCCCCGCCCCACCACUGUGGUGCCUCCCACUAAUGCUCGUUCAGAGAUUGAGGUGGGUUCUCAUCCCAAGUUUACUCCCUAAACACCUACGGGUAAGCCCCGCCCCACCACUGUGGUGCCUCCCACUAAUGCUCGUUCAGAGACUGAGGUGGGUUCUCAUCCCAAGUUUACUCCCUAAACACCUACGGGUAAGCCCCGCCCCGCCACUGUGGUGCCUCCCACUAAUGCUCGUUCAGAGACUGAGGUGCGUUCUCAUCCCGAGUUUACUCCCCACACGUCUACGGGUAAGCCCCGCCCCACCACUGUGGUGCCUCCCACUAAUGCUCGUUCAGAGACUGAGGUGCGUUCUCAUCCCGAGUUUACUCCCCACAUGUCUACGGGUAAGCCCCGCCCCGCCACUGUGGCACCUCCCACUAAUGCUCAUUCAGAGACUGAGGUGCGUUCUCAUCCCAAGCUCACAAAGAGCAGUGGUUCUCUUGCUUACAUUUCUAAACUGGGACAUGGCCUUUAGGGACAGAUUCAAAAGAAAUUGCUCUGCUCAGGAAUUAAAUGGUAGUGUGUACUAGAUUUCAUUAAUAAAAACUAAGCAGUAAAGACCUGAGAAACACUAACGGGUUUUCAAAGUGUAAUCACAUUAUAUAAACUGCAGUUUUAUGUCAUUUAAUGCCAUAUUUGUUCUUACACAUAAUUUCAUUCAUUUAAUCUCAAAACUGCACCACAGGUUUUAAUAGGUAUUAAUAUGUGCAUUUGCCUUUUUUCAUUUUGUUUCAAUAUGAUGAAUACACUUGUGACAGCAGUAGCCACUGUGAGGCUGCAGAAUGUCUGAUGCUGAUGAAUUUUAAUGCAUCUGAUGCUGUAGCCGUCUGUCCCCCAGGUCCUACGCCCCCCACCCGCACCUGCACCUGGGCACCACUUACAUCAAACCACGUGCACAAAUCACCCCACUCCAUGUACAGAAAUGGCUUAUUCAUACCGAUCCUCCAUUUGGUGUAUUUUAAUGCUCCCAGAGUCAUGUUCCCAGCGGUCUGGGUGCAAGAGGAAGCAGCAGUGAGGGUAGGUGCCUCACAGGCAUGUAAGGGAUCGAUGUCUAGGGAGCUGGGAUUCUGUAGAAUCACUCUCCUCUGUGUCCUUAACAUUUAACUGUUUACUACACAGUAAUGUAUGGCUGGGACACGUGCCCGAGUGAUGAAACAGACAGCAGUGACCUGAGUGACUUUCCCAAAACACUUGCCCAGCAUGAGAGGCGUGCCCUAGCAGGCGGGUCAGAAUUAAUGCUGCACAGACAACUCUCUGAUAAGAGCCUCACAGUCUUGGUGUAGUAUAGUGCUGGUAUUCCCCACAGCAACCACCAGAUGGCAGCAUGCUAAGUCUCCACUCUCAUG